GACCGCCUGGUUAACUUUAAGUAUGGUCCUAAAAAGGACUUGAAGAGGUAUAUUCCAGAAAGAAGAUGGAGGUCCAAGAGAUUUUUAAAUGUCCGUCUCCUCAAUUUUAUUCGACCUUCUUCUACUGAAAUUCUUAUUCCACUUCGAAAUCGAAACCCUAGUCCCUAGCCAGAGCUUUACUUGCGUAUCUCUCUGUAUUUGAUCGAAGUAGAAGAACAAAAGUGGUGUUUCUGUCCCCACUUGGAUUGGGUUCUUUACUAAUUGGUCAUAGCCGCCGUUCCCGUCGUCGACUACAAAGACCAUGUCCAAGCAGGACAGUGAAAGCAGUUGUAAUCCCUGCUGAAUUUAGUUUUAUCCCCAACAGUGCUUUUAUGUUUGGAUUGAAACCCCGUGGUAGGAUAAGAAAGCAAACGAAGGAAGAGACUAGGAAGAAGAAGAAAAAGCGUAGAGGUAAUGAUUGGUGUGACACUACCAGUGAAAGUAGCACUAGUAUUUUGAAUCUUAAUGAUGAUGACAAAGAAAUCGCAAUACGUGAGAUUUUGAGCAGAUUACUGGUGAAGUCGCUCAUGCGGUUCGAGUGUGUUUGCAAGCACUGGUUCAUUUUAAUUCAAGAAGAUUCAUCCUUUCGUGAAUUACACCUUAACAGGUCAAAAGCACGACCUGGUCUCUUUAUGGCAUGUCGGAUGGAUGUUAAAGAUAUUUUCAUGACAGCUGAUUUGUCAUUUGAAGGCAGAAGUGGAAUAAUAUCAGCAGCGGUCGUGAACACCAUAAAAGACGUUGAUGAUACAUUAUAUGACAGAAUUUUGGAACCUGUAAAUGGUUUGAUCCGUUUCUUUGGCCAAGAAAUCACCCCUGGUGUUCGUAUAUCCAACCUCAGUACUCGAGAAGAAACGCCAUGGAUUAAGUCAAAAUUGUUAAGUAAAAUACGAGAAGAAGAGCGUGGCUACUCAGGGUUAAGUAUCCCAUUGGCGGACUGUAAAUUGGGAUACGAUCCAGCCACUCAAAAACAUAAAGUGCUCGGUAUAUGGAAGUCUUAUCAACCUGAUUUUGAAGUCUGCGAAGUCUUGACAGUAGGAGACAACAAAUGGAGGAAGAUUGAUGAGAUACCUCCAUAUGGGAUACAUUAUUAUGGAUCUUCUGUUUAUCUUAAUGGUUCUAUAUAUUAUACUACUCACAUGCUUACGUCAAGUAAACCUGAUGAUAAUGAUGAGCCUAAAUUCAUAGUGGCUUUUGAUGUCGGAAGUGAGAAAUUCAGAGCGAUCGAAGUUCCCAAUUUCAUCUUUGAUGGGCCUGGAGAUGGCGAUUUUGUCAUUUUUCGUUCUGUAAAAUUAUUAGUAUUGGAUGGACGGUUAGCUUUACUAGUAAGAGUUCAAAAGAAAGGUUCUGCUCCCAAGCUAUGGUUAUCUGGUGAUGAUUGCGUCAAAGAGAAUGCAAGUGGUACUUGGACUGAAGUUCCCUUGGAGCUUCCUUUCACAUUGGACGGAGUUCAGCGUUGGCGUGGUUCUUUUCAUCCAGUUUUAGGAACAGACCAGAUGGUCGUAACCUCCACUGUUUUGGACGGCAAGAUAUGUGAUGCUACUCAUCAUUCGUACAAUUGGAAGAAGAUGGGUGCCAGUAAGAUUGAUAUCAGUGGUAUUCCCACCUCAGUUCCAUAUUUUUCAUCUGCAACAUCAAGGAUUACAACUUUCUUCGAGAGCCUUAUCUCUGUUCGAAGAAGCAGACCUUGUCAACUUUAGGCAGGAACUUUGUUAAUCAACUUUAGGCAGGAACUUUGCGACGAUUUCUUAGGUUUAUUGUUUGUUUCUCUAAACCUAGACAUGAAAUUUAAAGUUGCAUGUCUUUCAAAGUUGUAUUUUGAAAUCUGUUAGUCAGUAUUAAGCUACUAGUAAUUGCCUUAGCUAUGAAUGCUAGUGUUGUUGCAGAAGAUCAAAGCCUUAAUAUUGCACUGGACAUCAACUACUGUAUCUAUUGGAUAAAUCACAUACCAAAACUUCACUUAGUUGGGACCUGGUAGUGAAUAACCUGUAGCGAAGGGAGCAGUGUUUUGGCUAGGACCAUGGGGGUUUCAUAUCUUGACUCACAGACAAGAUCAGCAACCAGCAGAGUCGGUGCUUUUUUCACUGUUCUCCUGCACUUUGGGCAGUGACGAAUCUUCCACUUUGCGCAGUGACGGAUUUUUCUUUUUCUAUCUUUUCCUUUUGGGGUUUGGGUUGCAUUAUGUGACUAACCACUUUGGGUAGUGACGGCUCUUUCCAGGCUGGAAGCCACAUCUUGUACCUAGUUUAUGCUUUUACAGUAUUUGUAGGCUUAGAUUAUUUCUGCCCUUUCAAAUGGAGUCAUGCUUGUAAAUGAGUAAUAUAUUGAGUUUUAGAAACAUGCCUAUUGUGUGUCCGAAUUUGUGCGUUUGGGAUAUACAGUGUUGGUUGUUAAUCACUAGUAAGUUUCACUUACCGGCCGCUGCAUUGCUUCUAAAGAGGUUCAUAAUAUGUUUUAGUUUGUUAGUUAUUUCUUAUCUAAUGAUCAUCAUACAUUUUUUAUUUUUUAAGUAGAUUAGAGAACCGAUACUUUCUUGCUUGUUUUGUAUGUAAGGGUGAAAAAUGGUAGUAAUAUUGAUCAAAACAUGAAGAGUAUAGAGAGCAUGCUAUUGCUAACUGUAAGUAUGAAUUUUUGCAUCUGGGAUACGAAUAUGUGCAUUUGAGAUUUGCAGGGUUACUUGUUCACUUUAUCUUACAAUUGUCAUUUUUUUUGUGUUGAAUAGAUGAACCAGCAAAUGACACUUCCUCAAUUGUUUUGACGAUAAGUAUGAAAACAGAUGCAUUAACGAUUGUUUAAGACUAAUACCAUUUCACUGCAGUUUUUGAUAAGAAAGAUGAACUUCAGUCUGAAUUUGAAACAAGCAGAAAACACUGUAAACUCAAUUCUGAGGCUAUUGUGAGGUCAUUGAGUAAGUUUCGAGAUUUUUUCCCCUUUUUUUUUGGUCUUGGCAUGUAGAAAGCUCUUACUCUGAUUUUUUCUUUGCUUGUUAAUCUAUACCCGAGCAUUUUCCAUUGGUCCUUAACAGGUUUCGUUGUUGUGUUCAAAGGUUGCUCUUUGGCCAUGAAGUUCAUGAAAUCCUUAGUUUUCUAUUUCAGUUACCAGCUUCUCAGUCUGGGGCUGGGCUGCUGCCUCCUUAGUUUCGCUCCUCCUCGACCUAUCAUUUAACACUGACAUGAGAAGAUAUCAGAGACCUACAAGAACAAGCCAUGGUCAAUCAUGCUCUUCUAGUUUAUAUGUUGGCAGGAUUUACAACGUUUGAUGUUUCUUAAUGAACUUCUCGUACAACACAGGAGGUAUCACAUUACAAGCCAAAUGAGGCAUCAAGGACUUCCUCUUGUCAGUUCGUAAGAUUACAAGAUCAUUUAAUCAGUGGAGAUGAACUUGUGCAGCUUAAGCAUGAGAACUCCAGAUCGACAAUCAGGACCACUACUUUCUCUCGGUUUAUCCUAGAUUGUCAAGUUCAUGGAGUUUGCUGCCAUCAGAUUCUCAAACUGGUCACAACGGAGGGAUCUAACAACAACAAUCUGGUAGGGAAAGGGAUCAGGUGCUAGAUAGGAUUUCUCACAGAAAUACUCGAGCUCUUGCUGCAGAACAUUUUGAGAAUAUAUGGACAAAACGAAGGAAUUAUAAUGUGGAAGGUGGUGGCACCUAAUCAAAUGAACAAGGUGCACAGAAUUUGUUGUCAGGAGUCAUGGUAUGGAUCACUGAAAGGGGUUACCCAAAACUGGAGACUGACAGAACUAAUCCAAUUGAAGAUGAUGAAAGCUGCAAUGUGACAGACCUUGAUUCUCCUGGGAUUGAAGUGUGAGAAAAUAAGAGAAAUGGUGUUCCAUGUAUUCACCAUCCUCUGGGAAGUUCUGAAGGAAACAAAGUGAAGAAGAGUGGUAAAGGGAAUGCACACUUGAAUAAAGUAAAAAGAAGAGCAAAUAUGGAUAUUGAUUAAUCUUUAUAAGAGCGAACUUUGCUCUGAAUAUUGCUGAAACCAUUGCCUUCUUGUAUUAUAAGUUUGCUUUCAACUAACUUUAUAAUAAACUUACUGGCACUGUGGCAGUCAUUGCAGAAUAGUUUCAUAAUCAUU